UCCCGCAGCGGCGGCAGCCCCGGCGCCCAGAGCCUUUUCUUGCCUCCCGGCGAUUAAUGGAAUGAUGUUGCGGAAAAGGCAGAGCGAUCCUGCCGGGCUCAGUCGGGACUGCUCGGGCGGCGGCGGAGGCGGCGGCAGCGGGGUAGCGAGCGGCAUGCGAGUGCCCCCCCGGCGCUAUGGCUAGCGGUGGCUCCGGCAAGUCCAGCAGCGAGGUCUCCGGCGGCGGCAUCCCCAGCAGCAGCUCCCUGCAGAGGAAGAAGCUCAUCUCUGUCUGCGACCACUGCAAGAUCAAGAUGCAACUGGUGGCCGAUCUGCUUUUGCUUUCGAGCGAGACCAGGCCGGUGAACACCGAGAGUCUGUCUGUCUUCGGUGAGUCCUUCGAGAAGUGCAGGGACACGAUCAUUGCCAGGACCAAAGGACUCUCCAUCUUGACCCAUGACGUCCAGAGCCAGCUCAACAUGGGACGCUUCGGGGAGGUGGGAGAAAGCCUGAUGGAGAUGGGGGAGCUGGUGGUGUCCCUGACCGAGUGCUCUGCCCACGCUGCCUACCUGGCUGCAGUGGAGACUCCAGGGGCCCAGCCUGCCAUGCCUGGCUUGGUGGAUCGCUACAAGGUGACCCGAUGUAGGCAUGAGGUGGAGCAUGGCUGCGGGGUCUUGAAGACCACCCCUUUGGCAGAUAUGAGCCCUCAGCUCCUGCUGGAGGUUUCUCAGAACAUGUCCAAGAACUUGAAAUUCCUGACAGACGCCUGCGUGCUGGCCAGUGAGAAAUCCAAGGAUAAAUUUGCUAAGGAGCAGUUCAAACUCAGUGUCAAAUGUAUGAGCACCAGCGCCUCUGCCCUCUUGGCCUGUGUCAAGGAGGUGAAGACCUCACCCAGCGAGCUGACCAGGAACCGGUGCGUCUUGUUCAGUGGACCUUUGGUGCAGUCUGUCUAUGCUCUGGUGGGCUUUGCCACUGAGCCCCAGUUUUUGGGUAAAGCUGCCACCAUUAAUCCAGAGGGCAAAGCUGUGCAAACUGCCAUCCUAGGAGGAGCCAUGAGUGUGGUAUCUGCUUGUGUGCUCCUGACCCAAUGCCUCAGGGAUAUAGCCCAACACCCCGAAAGUAGCACCAAAAUGAGCGAUUACAGGGAAAGGUUGAGGAACUCGGCUUGCGCCGUCUCGGAUGGUUGCAACCUGCUAUCUCAGGCACUAAGAGAAAGAUCUUCACCCAGGACUUUACCGCCAGUGAACUCCAAUUCUGUGAAUUAACCCCCACAUCUUCUGUUUAGAUCCCAGUCAUUGCUAAAGGAAAAUAAUAUCCCACCUCCUCACCCCUUUUUUGUAUACCAAAGAUGAGCCCAAUCCUUUGAUUUCAUGUGGUGAAGAAGCAGAACAUAUUCAAACUAUAUGUAUAAUAAAGGUAGCCAGUUUUGGCUUCUUGUUAUUUUACUUUAAAGUUAAACAAGCAUCUGCAGAUAAAUUUUCCUUUAUUCAACAAGGUCUUCACACAAGUGGUAAAACUGUUUCAAAGUUUUUUUAUAUCUGGGGAGGUGGGGGUAUCUUAGAAAAAGGAGAAAAAAGCUUUAAUCGCGCUGGGUGCGGUUUCUAAAGUUUGUCUUGUCUUGUCUUCCGAAAUUUCCCUUCUAAAUUUUGCUGUUCGGUUGUGCAGGAAAAAGGUUACCUCAGUUCUUACUCAUUUAAAAAAAUGAAAAAACCCAACAACACAUAGAUGAUGGAUGUAGCUACUAUUUUGUUUGUUUUUGUUUUGUAUGACUUUUUUUAUUUUGCAUCAAGUGUUAGGUUAGAAGUGCAUUUGGUGUGUAGGAGUGGAAGGACUGGAGGUUGUGAUUAUGUUUUCCAUGUGUUGAUUUCCAAACUGGGGGAAAAGCUACUGUGAGUGUUUAAACAAACAAACAAAAUUACACUAUAACAAAAGUGAUUUUUAAUUUUUUUCCAAUGUCAGUUUUUAUCUUGCAUGUA